AUGCACCAGUGGACUCAAAUCCAAGUGACUGAUGAUGACGCUGGAGAUUUUUUAUUUUUCAUGGAAAAAGAAGAAGUAAAUGAUAAUGCAGCUAAUCCAUUGGCUUCAGAAACCCACAAACGGAAACAAGAGGAUGCAAGGAACCGAGCCAUGGCAGCCAUGAUUCCCUCUUUUUGGCAACUCCAAACAGAGCGGAUGGCUGAAUCGGACGGUUAUAUAUGUUGCCGAAGAUACAUGCGGCUUGCUCUAAAUUUUGGCUUCAUAAGACAAGAAGAAGGUCUAGUUGCAACUACACGAGUGGCCCUGGCAGCAAGGAUCAGGAACAAAAGCAUAGCAGCUUUUGCCUAUCCUCAUCGUGCAUGGUUUUGA